AUGUAUUCACCAUUGGACAUAUGUCGCGCUAGUCAAAUCCUAUUACAAGUACAUGGUGAUUUGGUUUUGAAACCAAGUGGAACAUCAUUAACAAGAGAUCAAUAUAAAUCAUUUGUUGCAUCAUGCAGUGGUCAAGCAAAUACUCGGGUUAUUGGAUGGCGAUCACCACAACAUGGAGAUGUACCUGAAAAUGAACAUGAUCGUGUUACAAUUGAACGACAAGAAAAUGAAAUUCGUUUGAGAUAUUUUCCAAUAGGUACAUGGGAAUGUAUUGGUGUUAAUGCGGCUGGUCAACAAACUCGAAAAUCAUUUCAAUUAAUAAUAAAAAUUCCAAUUACAUUUUAUGGUGAUUCUGUUCAAUAUGCUGCACUUGGAGAAUCAGUUGUUAUUAAAUGUCAUGUUCAAGCUAAUCCAGCAGCUGAAGUAUCUUGGUUUAAAGGACCAGAAAAAUCACGCAUUGAUAGUCCACAGUAUACACGUGUUAAAGAAGGUUUACGUAUAAAUCGAGUAGAUAUGCAUGAUAAUGAUACAUUUUGUUGUCGAGCUGAUGUUCUUGAAACAGGCGAAACACGAGAUUUUCCAAUAACUGUUAUUAUUUCAAAAUCUGUUACACAACCACGCAUAACAUGUGCUAAUCCAUGUGCUAUUGAAAAAAAAACUGCAACACUUGUUUGUGAAGCUACAGGUUUACCACCACCGAAGUAUUCUUGGUAUUAUGGUUCGGCAGCCGAGUUAAGACCUGUAAAAGAUUCACCUGUUGGUGCAAGUGAAGUACCAAAAUUUGUUGUACGAGGUAAUCAAUUAACAAUUAAUUAUGUCGAUGAAACUGAUAAUGGAAAAUAUUCAUGUCAAGCUUAUAAUGAAUUUGACCAAAGAGGUCAACGUGCUGAAUAUAAUUUAAAUGUUAUUGUUCCGCCACGUCUAUUAACAAUAGAUCCUAUUGAAAUAAAUCUUGAUGAACAACAUCCUCAACGUGUUUCAUUUACUUGUCGUAUUGAUCGUGGUUCAUCAGAAAGUCUUUCAUUAGAAUGGCAAUAUUUAAAUAAUACAGCAAUACAAGCAACAAAUGGAAUUUAUAUUGAUAAAACACGUUUAGAAAUUGAUAAAUUAAUUGAAUUACGUUUUGAACCUGUACGUCGAGAACAUUUUGGAAAUUAUUCAUGUGUAGCUAAAAAUCUUGCUGAUAGUUCCUAUUCACUUGCUAGUCUUUAUAUUCGAUUUCAACCUGUUUUUGUUGGACCAAAUAUUCAAGUUGUUUCAACAAUACCAAAUUAUCGAGUAGUUAUGCGUUGUCAAUUUGAAUCUCAUCCACCACCACAAAUACAAUGGAUUAAAAUGACUCGAACUGUACAAGAUCCUGAAGGGCGAGUACUUGAUGUUGAUGUUGAUAAUGGUGUUAAUGAUAUAACAACUAAACAACUUGGUCCAACACUUUUUGAAAGUGUUCUUUCAUAUACACCAUCAGAACGCGAUUUUGGUUUAAGUUUUGAAUGUCGUGCAAUUAAUCCACGUGUUGGUCGACAUUCAUAUACACUUCAACGUGCUGAACCACCAAAAAACGUUCGUGUUGUGGAAAUAAAACCUUUAACAAAUGGAGCAGAAAUUAUUGUUCAACCACCAGAAACUGGAGGUUUACCACUUAUGGAAUAUAUUAUUAAGUAUGGUUUAGUUGAUAAAACAGAAGAUCAACAAGAAACAUUAACUAUUCCAGUUCAAACAUCAUCUGAUGAUCAACAAGACCAAUCCCAAGUAUUAAAAAUUGAAAAACUUAAGCCAAGUACUAAAUAUCGUUUUACAAUUGUUGCUAAAUCUCGUGCUGGUAUGGGUCAAUUAACAGGACCAAUACCAUUUCGAACACUUGAUAGACAACUACCAGAUUUUAAAAUUGUUAAAACUGAUGAAAAUAAAAAUGACACAUGUUCAAAUGAUCGAACUUGUUUAAUUAAAUGGAUUAUUGAAUCUGAUGGUGGUGCACCUAUUAUUCGAACGGAAGUUUUAUAUGCUAAAGCUAAAAGUGACAAUAGUUUGGAACCCGAAGGAUCAUUUAGUACACCAAUAUCAAUUGAUUCAUCGGUAUCUGAAUAUGAAUUAACGGAAUUAAAACCAUCAACUAAUUAUAUAGUUAUUGUUAAAUUAUAUAAUGAAGCAGGUGCUGCUGAACAAAAACUUCGAAUAACAACAUUAAAUGAAAGAGAUCGUAAGGCAGGUACCACACGUCCAUUAAUAAAAGAUUAUAGAAAAAAUCAACCAAGUAAAUGGGUUAUUCUUGGUAUCAUAUUUGGUAUUAUCUUCUUUGCCGUUGCAUUUGUUGGUCUUUGUGUUGCAUUACGUGUUUAUCGACUUGGUGGAAAACAUAAAACAACUGAUUCGGAUCAUCAAACAACACCUAUGAUGAAUGGAAAUAAUGGUGAAAAUAUAUCUGAUCAACAUGAAUAUACGAAUGGUCAUUCAUCAAAAAAGCCAAAAAAACUGAAAACAACUAAAGCUCAGCCAUUUGACACUGAAGUAGCGGUAUAA